AAUUAAAUUAACACAUGUCCCAUGUGGUGGCUAUUGGCCAAGCAAAUCUGACUGAUUUCAAAAUAAUUCACCGACGAAAUUGAAAAAAAAAAAUGAGUGACGGGAGGAGGAAGAAGAGUGUUAACGGAGGUGCACCGGCGCAAACUAUCUCCGAUGAUCGGAGAUCUAGUCUUCCGGAACUUGAAGCUUCUCCACCGGCUGGGAAACGAGCUGUUAUCAAGAGUGCUGAUAUGAAAGAUGAUAUGCAGAAGGAAGCUAUCGAUAUCGCUAUCUCCGCAUUUGAGAAGUAUAGUGUGGAGAAGGAUAUAGCUGAGAAUAUAAAGAAGGAGUUUGACAAGAAACAUGGUGCUACUUGGCAUUGCAUUGUUGGUCGCAACUUUGGUUCUUAUGUAACGCACGAGACAAACCAUUUCGUUUACUUCUACCUCGAGCAGAAAGCUGUUCUGCUCUUCAAGAUGUUUAAGCAAGGCACGAAGAUCGUCUGCGUCGGCCGUAACUACGCCGCUCACGCCAAAGAACUAGGCAACGCAGUUCCCAAGGAACCAGUUAUAUUCUUGAAGCCAACAUCGUCGUAUUUGGAAAAUGGAGGAACAAUUGAGAUCCCACAUCCUUUGGAUUCACUUCACCAUGAGGUGGAACUUGCUUUAGUGAUUGGACAGAAGGCUAGAGAUGUACCUGAAUCAAUAGCUAUGGAUUACAUUGGAGGAUAUGCGGUUGCUCUUGAUAUGACUGCUAGGGAACUCCAAGCUUCCGCUAAGGCAUCUGGUCUCCCAUGGACGCUUGCUAAAGGACAAGAUACCUUCACUCCUAUCAGCUCUGUUCUGCCAAAGGCGAUGGUGCAUGAUCCCGAUAAUCUAGAACUUUGGCUCAAGGUUGAUGGUGAAACAAGACAGAAGGGCUUGACAAAAGAUAUGAUCUUCAAGGUCCCGUACCUUAUCAGCUACAUAAGUUCGAUAAUGACCCUUUACGAAGGAGACGUCAUCUUAACAGGCACACCAGAAGGCGUUGGACCUGUAAAAAUAGGUCAGAAGAUAACGGCCGGGAUCACCGGUCUAUCUGAAGUUCAAUUCGAUGUGGAGAGACGUGUAAAGCCCUUGAGCUAAGAAGUGGUUUUAUAUUUCUUUCAUACAAAAAUGUCAAUUUUAUUAAAGCAUCUCUAAUUUUCAUCACUUACUGUGUUACCAUACACUUGGGAAGGGAGAAAUAAAACUCGUACUCCUUU